UACUAUAUUUUUGACAAUGUAAAUGACCAGGCAGGCCGGCCUAUUAGGGGGACAUGCAGUUUGACCAGCCCAGCCAAAGCCCAAAACUCCUUAGCCUUCCUAUUUCCGUUCCACAGAAGGAAGUCGCCGAGAGAGAUUUGCCGCCGACAGCCAGACGCCGCCGCCUGCCUGCACGCUCCACUGCUCCAGAGUCUAGCCGCUGCCCGCCAGACGCCGCCUCGCCGGAAACUCUCCAGCCUCCAGGUCCAGGAGUCCGCCGUCCAGGAGGGAAGGACAGGACCCAAAAAAACAUUGAGUUAUUGGCAUUUCUACCCUGCUUAGACCUCAUUUCCACUUUCAGUCUUCUGCUGGUACGGCGUACCUCAUCAGCUAGAUUCCCACCGGAUUGUUCUCGCCGUUUUUGGGGAGGAACGAAGGGUCAGCGACGAAGACAGAUACCGGCGGCGACAACCCACGAAAGCUGCCUGUGACUUGAUUCAGCUUUGGCCAAUCCUCUUGCCCUUUUUGAUGUCGACGUGUAUUCCUCACUUUGUAUCUCUCAGAUUUUUGGAGCUCAACACCUCAAAGAGAUAUCGGUUCUCCGGUCGGUGCAGAAGGACCAUGUCAGUUGCUGCUUCAGUUUCAAAAGAGGCCUCCAAUUACAUUCCGGAAGCUCCGAUUUUCUUGCCUGAAGGGCCAUGGCAGCAGAUCCCUGGAGGCGUUACUGCUGCAGUCGGGUUCAAAGCUGCUGGAAUGCGCGCUGGAUUGCGUGCUGGAGAGAAGCCUGACCUAGCACUUGUCACAUGUGAUGUAGAUGCCAUUUCUGCAGGAGCAUUCACUACAAAUGUGGUAGCAGCGGCACCUGUAAUAUAUUGCAAAAAUGCAUUAAAUGCAUCACCUACGGCUCGUGCAGUUUUAAUAAAUGCUGGUCAAGCUAACGCUGCUACGGGUGAUGCGGGGUUCCAGGAUGUUAUUGAUUGCUCGUCUGCUCUUGCUAAUUUACUUAACCUGAAGAAUGAGGAAGUGUUAAUUGAAUCAACUGGGGUCAUUGGAAAAAGAAUAAAGAAGGAGGCGCUUCUCAACUCACUCCCAAAGCUAGUUGGUCUGUUGUCAUCAAGUGUUGAUGGGGCAAAUUCAGCCGCUGUAGCAAUAACUACAACUGAUCUGGUCAGCAAGAGUGUGGCGAUUGAGUCUGAGGUGGGAGGGACACGUAUAAGGGUUGGUGGCAUGGCAAAGGGUUCCGGAAUGAUUCAUCCUAACAUGGCUACAAUGCUUGGUGUCAUUACUACCGAUGCCUUGGUUACAAGUGAAGUUUGGAGAAAAUUGGUACAAAUUGCUGUGAGCCGAAGUUUCAACCAAAUUACGGUAGAUGGAGACACCAGUACCAAUGAUGCUGUCAUUGCUUUGGCUAGUGGGCUCUCAGGGGCGAACAAGAUCUCUUCGAUGAACAGUUUAGAGGCAAACCACCUACAGAUGUGUCUUGAUGCUGUAAUGCAGGGACUGGCAAAAUCUAUAGCUUGGGAUGGAGAAGGCGCAACCUGUCUUAUUGAGGUAAAUGUAGAUGGAGCAAAAGAUGAAGCUGAGGCAGCAAAAAUUGCACGUUCAGUUGCUUCUUCUUCACUUACCAAGGCUGCCAUUUAUGGCAGGGAUCCAAAUUGGGGCCGCAUUGCUUGUGCUGCUGGCUAUGCUGGCAUUGUUUUCAACCCAAAUAAACUCCGAAUAUCACUAGGAGAUACUCUGCUUAUGGAUGCCGGGCAACCUCUUCCUUUCGAUAGGAUUGCAGCCAGUAAUUAUAUGAGGAAGGCUGGGGAAACUCAUGGCACCGUGGAAAUUCACAUAUCUAUUGGUGAUGGCCCGGGACGCGGAGUUGCAUGGGGCUGUGAUUUGAGUUAUGAUUACGUGAAGAUAAAUGCCGAGUACUCUACGUGAGUUAAGUGCAAUUUAUUCAGUAUUUGUUGCAUUUUUCAAAACUUCAAAUGUUCCACUCUUGUUGUUCAAGUUGACUGAGGUUUUCCUUGUUUAUUCUUUGCCACAUUUUCUCCAUCUAUACAAACCAAGAGAAAUGCAAGGCAUUGGCUUUGCCCUUUUUUUCUUUCCUUUUUUUGGAAUGUGUAAAAUUUUGUGAUCCAAAACGCAAGUUUUUGAUUUCAGUAUUGGUCACACUUUGUGGUUCCUAGGCUUGGAGUUGUGUUGGUUAAUGUGAGAAACAUACACUAAGGUUCUUUUGAUACUG